AUGCGGUUCUCACAUCUCCAACCAUUACUGGCGGUGGCUCCGAUGGUCGCCAGCCAAGCACAAGUCCCGGAUCUUUUCAGUUUUGUUGACAGGAUACCACAAUGUGGCCUGAGCUGCAUCCUGGAGCAAGUGCCUUUAUCGGCAUGUGACAGUCUCACAAACUCUACGUGCAUCUGUACCGACGUUGAUCUGCGCAAGGCAACAGAAAAAUGCGUGACGGAGAGGUGUACAAACGCCUUGGAAGGCAUAGAGGUCGCAAGGGUGGAAGCAGAGGCAUGUCAGCGCCCAGAUCGCUCCCGCAAGCCGGAUCUUUUGGUACCGCUCAUCAUCGAGAUUCCUGCGUGGUUUUCCGUCUGGCUGCGACUCUACUCGCGUUACCGCACCGUCCACCGAUUCGAGGCAGACGAUUGGAUCAUGCUGGUCUGCGUUCUCUUCUACAUCGACGAAAGCUUCUACGUCAUUUGCUUGUCACUCGCCAAGUUGUCGAUACUCUGCUUCUUCCUGCGCAUCUUCCCGAACCGUGUAUUUCGGAUCAUUACGUAUUCGGUCAUGAUAUUUAUCGGCAUGUCGACGACAGUCUUUGUGUUCCUGCAGAUCUUCCAGUGCUCUCCCAUCGAGUACAACUGGCUAGGGUGGAAGGGUACAUUCGGCUCGUUCCGCUGCCUGAACGUCAAUACGCUCGUAUACACGGCAGCAGGCUUCAGUAUUGCCCAGGACGUCAUCAUCCUCGUGCUGCCUCUUCCGCUGCUCUUCGGCCUCAACAUGUCGUGGCGCUCCAAGAUGGGCAUCAUGGUCAUGUUCAGCCUAGGGAUCUUCAUCCUGAUUACCUCCUGCAUUCGCCUGCAGUACAUUGUGCAUUUUGCGCGGUCCACGAACCCGACCUGGGAUUACACGGAUACACUGAUUUGGACGGGUCUCGAGGUCUCUGUGUCGAUGCUUGUGACGUCGCUGCCGGCCAUUCGUAUGCUCGUGAACCGCGUCAUUCCGGAUGUGCUCGGCACCAUCACGAGCAAGUACGGAUUCUCAUUCAACAGCAAGAAGCAGGUGUCUGGUGACUCGACAGAUCUGCGUUCUGGGAAAUACAGCGAUGCAACGUACAGCAACUCGGUGUCGGGGCCAUCAAGUCGCCUAGCUGUCCCCGAGUCCCGUUUCAAGCUCUUCAGGGUGGGCGGCAAAGGGCAGGUGAACGAGAGCGAGCUCGAACUGGGAGACAAGCUGCAGGGGGACGUCCAGACCGAGAUUGGCGCAACUCCUUCCUCGUGGAGGGACGAUGUGGCUGACCAGGACCGACACAGUUCGAUGGAGUCGGGGAUUCAUGUGCACACAACGACGACGGUGGAUUCGGAAUCAGGUUAUGUCCCACGGGGACGGAGACCUUCUCAAAUGUGA